UAGCCCGUACAGGUACCCUUUUAACACCCUCUCGUGCAUCCUAUGCUUGUUGCGCAAGAUGGAUCGGGGCUCGUCCAUUUAUCUGUGUUCUUUGGAAGUAAAUAAUUCUGUGUCUAGUAGCAGUAAUGCACCGGAUUAUCACUAGUCAUCAUUGAGAAAAAGAAGUACUAUUUCAUACCACACGCCUCCGAAGCCUACUCUUACGUGUUUCAUCUCUGCGAGCUGCGAGCUAUGGGCGAGCUGGAAGCUGGAAGUUUUUUGUGUGUUUUUUUUUCAAGUGCGGAGACGCGGAGACCACCGCGCAAGUGAAAAAAUGUUCGAAAAGGGUAGGUAGGCUGUCAUUUUCAGCAUCGGCCUGCUCUGUUUUGCAAAACACCAAGCUAAAUGAGCUCCAGCAGAGCAGCAGAUAAUGCCCUUGAGCACGAAAUGGAAGAUGUUCGCAACAAGACGGAGUUGUUCGAGAAGGCUGCUCAAGACCGAUCGCUCUCUUCGGAGCACUUUUUCCACCUCAACAAGGCCAUCGCCCGUGCUGAGAGAGAGCUUACCGUCGUCACUGCCUCGGAACCUGAUAUACGACAGGGAGUAGACAUUGUUGAAAAGCUCCGCGCUCUUGUACAAGGGCAACAACACAUCGUAACCGAGGACACAAUCUUUUCCGAUAAGCAAGCGAUGGGGGAUUUACAAAUGUUGCUGCCUGGUCUGGGGGAAGUGGAGCUCCGAGAGUUCUUGCGAGAGUUCUUGCAUGGGCUCAGCGGUGACAGGGUGAGUGCAGCAGGCCAGUAG